CAGGCGCCACCUUGUGAGACAGUCCUAUCGCAGAAGUUAUCUCCAGUAGUUCUUCGGUGGUUGUGUUCGUCCGGUUUUCCUGUGAUUUUUUUUCCGAUCUCAAAGGAUCCCGGUUAUUACUACUCCGACAAAAAGAGCGAUGUCGAUGGCUGGGUAUUAAACUAAUCAGGAGCUGACUGGAGAAGAAUCUAGUCGCGCUCAUUUGAAUCACUGUUGAGUAUCAGCCAAUAAACACACGCAAGGAUCAUGAAAAUGGUGCUGUCUCAACGUCAGAGGGAGGAGUUAAAUAAGGCGAUUGCGGAUUAUCUCAGCACCAAUGGUUAUCAAGAUGCGCUUGAGGCGUUUAAGAAAGAAGCCGAUAUGCCUGGGGAGGUGGAGAGAAAAUAUGGAGGCCUUCUGGAAAAGAAGUGGACCUCGGUCAUACGCUUGCAAAAGAAGGUAAUGGAACUGGAAUCCAAACUCUCUGAAGCUGAGAAGGAAUUCAUCGAAGGAGCACCAACACGUAGCAAACGAUCACCAUCCGAGUGGAUACCAAGGCCACCCGAAAAAUACAGUCUUACUGGGCACAGAGCUCCUAUCAACAGAGUUAUUUUCCAUCCGGUCUUUAGUCUUAUAGUAUCUGCCAGCGAAGAUGCCACUAUCAAGGUGUGGGACUUCGAGAGCGGCGAAUUCGAAAGAACGUUGAAAGGGCACACCGACAGCGUGCAGGACGUUUCCUUCGACGUCUCCGGGAAACUGUUAGUCUCAUGCAGUGCGGACAUGUCUAUUAAGUUAUGGGACUUUCACCAGUCAUUCGCCUGCGUGAAAACCAUGCACGGACAUGAUCACAGUGUCAGCUCUGUCGCAUUUGUGCCACAAGGGGAUUUCGUAGUGAGCGCCUCUAGGGAUAAGACCAUCAAAAUCUGGGAAGUAGCGACAGGGUAUUGUGUUAAAACGUUAACGGGGCACAGAGAAUGGGUACGGAUGGCCAGAGUCAGUCCUUGUGGAGAAUUAAUAGCUAGUUGCUCGAACGAUCAAACAGUACGGGUUUGGCACGUGGCAACAAAGGAAACGAAGGUCGAACUCAGAGACCACGAACACGUAGUGGAGUGUAUCGCAUGGGCACCGGACAGUGCAAGAGCAUCGAUCAACGCUGCUGCAGGGGCGGACAAUAAGGGAGCCCAUGAAGGACCUUUCCUCGCAUCUGGCUCGCGAGACAAAGUAAUUCGUGUAUGGGAUGUCGGUGCCGGUGUUUGUCUCUUCGCCCUGUUGGGCCACGACAACUGGGUUCGCGGCAUCGUCUUCCAUCCUGGUGGCAAGUUCAUCGUCAGUGCCUCUGACGACAAGACCCUGCGAGUAUGGGACACGCGCAACAAACGGGUAAUGAAAACCCUCGAAGCGCACGUCCACUUCUGCACCUCCGUUGAUUUUCACAAAAGCCAUCCUUACGUGGUCACCGGUAGUGUCGAUCAAACGGUGAAGAUCUGGGAGUGCCGCUAGUCACCAAAACAUCAGGGUCUCGUUGAACCUUCGUCGAGAAAGAAAGAUUUUGGAGAGAAGGCGAACGAUGCGCGUCGAAUUCGAUGAAAACGGCCGAGAGAGUAAGCUGCUACAAAAAAAAAAAGUUAUCGUACAUACUACUAUUAUUAAUAUUAAUAUUAUUAUACACACAUAAACAUGUACGAUUAAGAGCUCUUUAAUUAAUUUAUAAUAAAGUAUAAUUAGUAAUUAUUAAUAUUACAUAUACGUUUUACGGUAAUGAACUGCACGAUUCGAGGAGAGUCGGUCGAGAUUAAUUUUCUUUCGUGAGGAGGACAUUGCCAUAAUUUCAUCGACGGUUGAAGAAAAAAAGAAAAGAAAAAAAAAAAAAAAAAGGAAAAAAAAAAAGAAAGAAAGGAAAUUCAAGUCCCGUGACUCGUAUUUAAAAAAAAAAAAAAAAAAAAAAAAAAAAAGAAAAUACAACGUGUACAUGUUCAUUCGAAUGAAUUGAUGAUCGAUCGUUUAAUCCCUUUGUGAAGUGUGCUACUAUAAUUGCUAAUACAUCUGGCUUGUUAAAACGUGUGUCGUCCUCCUCGAUCCACCGACGAUAAUGGGAAAUUUCGGCUGUGUGUCAUGCCUCCGAGAUACAAGAAGAAUCAUGGUCGCUCGUUCUCAUUCGCGACAGUGCUGACCUCUCCUCGAGCGUUCUUGACGAUGUGACAUCCGAAGAUGGCACCGAGAUACGUGUGACACACAGAGAUACACACAUAUAUAUAUAUAUACGCGUGUGCGCAUAUACGUAUUGAAAGAAGGGAACGAGUAGAGAGUAUGCCGAGCGUCAAUUUUAACCGAGUACGUAGCAUGUUCCUUCGCAAACAAAAAGCAAACGUGUAAGAUGUAAUAAAGAAAAGUGUGAACGUACGAGCGUGUAACGAAUAGUAGUGGGGAACAGAUUAAAUAAUAAUUCAUGGAAAUCGAUGAGCGUUUGUUUUCGAACGUUUUAUUACUCGUAAUAUAAUAUGUAUGCUGCGUAUGUGCGUACUACUCUUCAUUGCGACGAAAAAAAUAUUUCUCUCGACGAAAUAGUCGAAUGGAAAAAGAAAAGGAAAAAAACAUCUAACCUAAAUUGGCCGAAGGCGAACGUGAUGCAAAGAGAUAGAUGUAUCGAAUAGAAAAUGAAUACGAUGAAAUGGCUUUCGGCAGUGCGUGGCGUCCAAUCAACGUGCAUUAUUAAUAUUAGAAGGACGGCCGAGUGGAGCGUGCGAAAAAAAAAAAAAGAAAAAUAAACGUGCAAGCGUGUAUUCGUAUGGAAGUACUUCAGCCGCAUAAUUCGUUGCGUGGGUCCCGAGAUAUGAGGGGUACUAGUUGUAUAUUUAGCUCUAAACUACUAUUAGCGGUAGCGCAGACGUAACGUAGACAAGAGAAAAAAGAAAAAAAAAAAAAAAAAAAAAAGGAAAGGGAAAAAUAGAAUCAGGCCACGAGUGUACGAUCGAUCGGUACACACAACACACACAUAUACUUACGCAGCCAUUCGUCGAGACUUCGUGUAACAAAUGCUUAAUUAAUUAAGGCCGAUUUUUCAAAUCAUUAUCUAUUAUCCACCAUUACAUCUUUCCUACCAUUUUUCCUUCCUCUUGCUCGUGUCCAUUCCUCGUUUCCCCUUAUAAACUUCCCCAGAUAAAGCCCCAUUUUUGAGACUCGAUGUCGUCCAACUAAAUUAUUUUGUUGAGAAAAAAAAAAAAAAAAAAAGAAAAA